CCUUCCCAAAUUGAAAGCUCACAUUCACACUUAGAAAAGACCCAAAGAAGCAUUAAUUGCUUUCGCUCUUUCAUUUUUCUGCUUCUGUCGUCUUCUUCAUCUUCUUCUCCAAUUCGUCAUCUCCUCAAAGUCACAACAGCCCAUAGGUGAACAGUGAGAUAAUCAGGAUACUACUAGAUGCUAAAAGUUCUUGAGCCUGCAAGCAUGAUGAAGAAAAGCUACCGUCGUCAGAAAUCUCAGAAAUUAUGGGCAAAGCUGGUGAUGAGGAAGUGGUUGAACAUAAGUGCUAGAGAUCCUGAGUAUGGUGCCGAUACUGAAGACGAAUCCGAAAACGACGACGUUACAGAGGAAAACGAUGAUUCCAGCUCCGAUGAAGAUGGUGGAGAAUCGAGGACGCGUGGAAGAGAAUCGACUCUAUCGAGGGUUUGUGAGAACGCGGAGGAUGCUAUCGCCGCCGCUUCCACCGCCGUGGACGCCGCCGCAGCUGCCGCGGAGUUUACUAGCAAUGAUGCUCCGUUGAAGUUAAGGAGAAGGAAUUCGGAAACACUAAGAGCACAGUACAUUAACAACAAAGAAAUAAGAGUAUGUGUUGGUACGUGGAACGUAGGAGGAAUAUCACCACCUUCUGAUCUUGACAUUGAUGACUGGAUUGAAAUUAAUCAUCCUGCUGAUAUCUACGUUCUUGGUUUUCAAGAGAUUGUACCUUUAAAUGCUGGAAACAUUCUUGGAGCUGAAGAUAACCGACCAGUUGUGAAAUGGGAAGAAGUGAUCAGAGAAGCAUUGAACAGAGUCAGACCAAAAAACUCUGCGGUUAAGAGCUACAGUGAUCCACCAUCUCCGGGAAGAUUCAAACCUUUUGAGGAAACACAUGACGUCAUAGAGGAAGAAGUAGCUUUCGAGAGUGACAGCGACAUGGGCGUUGAGGUUCACCCUGUAGACGAAGAGGAAGAAGAAGAAGAAAGCCUCAGCGAGCUAAAGCACGACGGUGGAGUUACCGGGGAAGUCAACACCCUCGUUGACCCUAAUACCGGUUUACCGGUUAUUGAGAUCAAGAGACAGUUCUCUUCUCCUAGGAAGCUAGACAGACAAGUCUGUUUACGUGUUGAUAGCAUUGAGAGAAAGCACAACGAGGAUUCAUCUGAAACCGGUAUGAAAACGCUAAACCGGAUGCUAAGUGGGAAAGAAAGGAUCGGUUUGAGCUGGCCGGAGCCUCCUUUGAACAUGUUAGGACCCUCGUGCCUUCUCGAUAGACAGCCGUCGAUACAGACAGUGACGUCACUGAAAACAGCCAAAUCUUUCAAGGCUUAUAGUUCGUUUAAGUCGGUAGCCGGAAGCAACCAAGGGAUUCCACCGGAGGUAUUGGCUUUAGCUGAAAUGGACUUGAAGUUGCUAAUGGAGAGGAAACGUAGACCGGCUUAUGUGAGGCUAGUGAGUAAACAAAUGGUUGGGAUUCUUUUGACCAUUUGGGUUAAACGAAGCCUGCGAAAACACAUUCAAAACGUACGUGUCUCUACGGUUGGAGUUGGCAUCAUGGGAUAUAUUGGUAACAAGGGAGCUGUGUCAGUGAGUAUGUCGAUAAACCAGACGUUCUUCUGUUUCAUAUGCACACAUUUGACGGCAGGAGAAAGAGAAGUUGAUCAGAUCAAGAGAAAUGCAGAUGUUCACGAGAUACAUAAAAGAACAAUCUUUCACUCUGUCUCAGCUCUUGGACUUCCCAAGCUUAUCCUUGAUCACGAAAGAAUAAUAUGGUUGGGAGAUCUCAACUAUCGGCUUAAUUUAUCUUAUGAGAAAACCAGAGACCUCAUUUUCAAGAAAGAAUGGUCUAAGUUACUUGAACAUGACCAGCUGGUGAAGGAAUACAAGAAAGGUAGAGCAUUUGAUGGAUGGUCAGAAGGAACUCCACAUUUUGCACCGACCUAUAAGUACCAAGCGAACUCCGAUGAGUACACAGGAAACGAUGGAAAGGGGACCCGGAGAACACCAGCUUGGUGUGACAGAGUAUUAUCCUACGGGAAAGGAAUGAGGUUGGUUCAUUACCGACGGACCGAACAGCUAUUCUCGGAUCAUCGUCCGGUUACAGCGAUAUACAUGGCUGAAGUUGAGGUGUUUUCUGCCAAAAAGCUUCAGCGAGCUUUGACAUUUACGGAUGCAGAGAUUGAAAACGAGGAACUUGUGGCUGUAGUUGUUUAAAGAGAGUAAAGAAACAAAGAAGAGAGAAUUGAGACUUUGGUUGGUUGCUUGUUGUUGUUUGAUCUAUUUUGCAUAUGAAGUAUUGGCGAAAGAGACAUUCUCUUUCUACGGAUAGGUUUUUAAUCUCCUGUCGUUACUGAUGCAUCACACUGAAGGGAACGUAACGUUCACAUUCUUAUAGUUUUUUGGUCUUUAUGGUGUUGGUUUACCGUUGUAAAUUAAGUUUAUAAAUAAUGAAAUCAAGAAUGUUUUACAUCCA